AUGGACUAUUUCCCCAAUGGUCACCUCAAGUGGAACAAAGGGUCGUUAGCUGGGAAGGCCCUCAACCAGAACCACAAACCUCUUGAGUUCUAUAUGAAGUCGCAGGCAAGGAUGGUGCGUCAGUUGUUUGACGUCAUCAAGAAAAUGUUGCGGUACGACCCGGCAAAGAGGCUGACGCUGGCCGACACCCUGGAGGACCCCUUCUUCAAAGAAGAGUGGCAGAAGGCAGCGAAAGAGGAGCGGUACCUGUUGGAGAGCCAGCCCGUUGGCCUCUGUGUCAUCAUGAACAAUGAGCACUUCAUGGAUGGCAAAAUGAGAAGAGGAACCGAUAAAGAUGCUGAAUGUUUGGCAGAGGUGUUCACUUGGCUACGCUUCAGAGUGCUGAUGUGCAAAGACCAAACCAAGGACCAGAUGGAGCGAGCGCUGAGGCACUUUGCCUCUCUGAGCGACCCCUCCAGGCUGCAGGACUUCAAUGUUACGGAGUGGAUCUGCAGCGGGUUUACUGAACUGAAGACUCCUCUGAAGCAUGGAGAUGCCUUCAUCUGCUGCAUUUUGAGCCACGGCUUAAAGGGCGAAGUCUUCGGGACGGAUUGGAAGUCCCUCACCAUUAAACAAAUAACUAAAACUUUCAAGUCGAGCGACCAGUCGGCCCUCACAGGCAAACCCAAAGUGUUCCUGAUCCAGGCCUGCCAGGGACCGCACAGACACCGUGGAGUGUUGCUUGCAGACCUGGAGGCUGAUGAUUCAUCCCUACAAUGCAUUCCUGAAGAGGCCGAUGUUCUGGUUGCUUUCGCUACUGUUGAGGACCAUGUAUCAUAUAGAUCAACAACCGAAGGGAUCUGGUUCAUCCAAUCAGUGUGUCAGAAGCUAAAGGAGGGUUGA